UUCAUGGAUGUCGUCCUAAGUCGAUCUGGUUGGUGAUGUCUGACUUAUCCUCAAUGGGAACAGCAAACUACUGUAGCUGUCAGCGAGCGGAUACGUUAAAGUAACGACAGGAAUGUGUUGUCAAAUAGGUCAAUAUACUUGUGGCUAGUUGGUUGUAGCAUCAGUGCAGAGUUAGUAUGUCCUGUCAGGUGAAAUCCUCGUCAUACACGUGUGGAUGUUUACACUAAGGUUACUGAUUAUUCCGUUUACUGAGGAUUUUAGCAGUUUCGUAAAACCCAAGCGAAGGCACAUGUGGACCAGUCCCCUCCUGGACUCAUCUGACAGCUAACAUGUCGGCCUUCGUAGUGAGGGCAGCUCUCCUCAACCUGAGGUUCACCUUCAUGAGAGCAGGCUCCUUCGCCAGAGUCCGACUCAUCCAGAGCUCCAGGACGUGUCUGGUAAAAAGAGGGCAGCUCCUGACUCACAUCCCCAAGCUGACACUGCUCUGCUGGGGUGCCGUGAACGCAUCAUCAUGUGCAGCCAGGUGCCAGGCAGCCUCUCUUCCCCUGCAGCUUGUGAACAGAAAGUCUGUAGCAAGGCUCCAGGUGCACAAAGUCAUAUUCUUCCUUCGCCUCAGCCUCCGUGCUUUGGUCCUGCUCCUCAAAUUUGGCCCUCUUCUCCUCCUCUUCCCCUUGGCUCUGGUGUCCACUCGCUUGGCCUCUCUUUGGCUGGACGCUCUGCUGUGGGUGACUGAGACCUCAGGUCCGACCUUCAUCAAGAUGGGGCAGUGGGCCAGCACCAGGCGAGACAUCUUCUCUCAGGAGUUUUGCGAACGCUUCUCCAGGCUCCACGUCAAGGUGCGUCCCCACGCCUGGGCCCACACCAAGCACUGUCUGCAGAGGGCCUUCGGGGAGGGCUGGAGCCGCUUCCUGGUGUUCGAGAGCAAAGAGCCAGUGGGCUCGGGGUGUGUGGCCCAGGUGUACAGAGGUUGGGCCAAGGCGGACAAGGUGGAGGACCCGGCCUUCCAGUCGCUGGUGGAGGAGCUGGAGAGGGAAGACUUGCUGGAAGCCUGGGAGAUCCCUGGUCUUAGAGGAGUGGCCAGCUCCCUGUGGCGGUUCUGGAGAGGGAGCAGGGAGGAGGAGAGCAAUGAGGAGAGAUGGCACCCCGAUGGUAAGCAGGAGGAGAGCUGCACAGAGAAGGAGCAUCUGAUCCCCGUGGCUAUCAAGGUGGUGCAUCCAGGGGUCAGGAGGCAGGUGGAGAUAGACCUGAUGCUGAUGAAAGGAGGCAGUUGGCUCCUGCUCUGUCUCCCCCGACUCAAAUGGCUCAGCCUGUACGAGAUCAUAGAGGAGUUUGAGAAGCUCAUGACCAAACAGAUCGACCUCCGUUGUGAGGCCAGGAACAUUGAGCUCUUCCGUGAAAAUUUUCGUGAUGUGGAUUACGUGAAGUUCCCAACUCCCUUGCGGCCAUUUGUCACCAGGACCAUUUUAGUGGAAACUUUUGAAGAGAGUGAACUGAUUUCUAACUACCUGAGCUCCGAGAUUCCUCAGGAGGUGAAACGGAGAAUAGCCAGGAUGGGAGUAGAAACCCUUCUCAAAAUGAUCUUUGUUGACAACUUUGUCCACGGGGACCUCCACCCAGGGAACAUCCUGGUCCAGAGUCGGGGUCCCGUUGCUGGUCCCAGCGACGGCACAUCGGAGCUCUGGGGAAAGACCACCCUCACAGACCUGUGGGACACGGUGGUUGUUAGUGUCCGGCCGGAUCCGUUUCCUCUCCAGCUGGUGUUGCUGGACGCCGGUAUCGUGGCCCAGCUCAGCGACCAUGACCUCGCCAACUUCAAGGCUGUCUUCACUGCUGUGGUGCUGCGGCAGGGCGAGCUAGUAGCAGAGCUGAUUUUGAAUCAUGCUCGAGCCAAUGAGUGCCAAGAUGUGCCGCAGUUCAAGAAGGAGAUGGCUCAGUUGGUGGACCAUGCCGUCAGCAAUACUCUCUCUCUGGAAAAGAUCAAAGUGGCCGACUUGCUCUCCAGAGUCUUCGGUCUGCUCAUCGAACACAAGGUGAAGCUGGAGAGUAACUUUGCCUCCAUUGUGUUUGCCAUCAUGGUGCUGGAGGGUCUGGGCCGGUCACUCGAUCCAAACCUGGACAUCUUGGAUUUGGCCAAACCGCUGCUGCUAAAGAACUGUGCUUCACUGCUCUGACACAAACACUUGGAAUAAAGGCCGAAAUUUGCUACUCCGACUCCGUUGGGCGCGGGGGGACGCACGGAUCCCACGGAUCUUUUUCAUUUAUGCUUAUCCGAAGGCUGGGGUGCUGAAACAAUUCACCGCCAGAACAGCAGGUGGCGCACCAGAAAACGAGCUUAGAGAAGCCUACCUCAUGACGUCAUUAUAUGUAGAAGAAGUCCACAGUUGUUUAUUUACCUCAUCCCAGCUUUCCUCACACACACUGAACAAUGGCAACUAACUCUCCAAGAGCCCGCGGUCAUCUGUGCGUAUUUGUACACAGUCGUAGACGGGUUGUAUAAGUGCUCGUACCUCCGGACCUCUUCCACUAGGCGCUCUUCAAUGUUGUUGUCCAUAUUAGAAACGUAGUUGUGUUUGGGUUUUAAAGUGGUGGUUUUCUGAUAUACAGGCAGUUUGAGCUCCAGAAAUGUGAGAUUCCGUAAAUGACGUAGUGCGGAAAUGAUGUCGUUAGGGGACCAAUCACAGCCAAGGGCUGUCCCUAGGCUCUCUGAAAUGCCCACGGAAGUUAGAAAAAUCAGAGGUACACGAAUAGCUUUCUGAGGCACUCAGAAAGGGCAUUCCUCUGUCCGUGUCAGUCAAAACCGAGAAGCAUAUAUCAGCCUUAACACGUGUACUGGUACAUCCACACAGGUACGAACCCCUACACUGUAUAACUAUUGUACAGCUAUAGAUUUACUAUGUGUGUAUAACACUCCAGUGUGGAUCACAUAAAUCAAAGCAGUGAUGAUUUUAUUAAUACCUCAUAACAUUGGUGGGGUUUUUGUCACUUUCCUCACUCUUCAAUUGUGUCAUCUGCUGUCUGGUUGAAGUUUGAACCCUUCAGAAAUCAACUUGAAGGCACCUCUAUCAGAUCCCAGUGAAUAAGAGCGGGUACACUUUACAGGAGGCGCCACUUGUGGUUUGUUGAGCGCUAAUGGAUGAGUCAGACACGUCGGAAGACACAGAGAAACAUCAGAGACCAUUUUUAGUGAUUUAAGAUGUACAGUGAAAUACUUGGAAAAUCCCUGGUUGAUACACUAAAGCGUAUUUUUUUACUUUUAAUGACUAAUAUUGAUCUCAGGAUGUCUUUUAUCACUCACUGUUUUAUUUUUCCUUAGAUCACGUGUGAUGAGCCAUAUUUGCUUUAGUGUGAAUCCCAAUGUAUUGUAACAUUUUGUUCUGACACACUACAUGGACAUUGUGAAUUUGUGAAGCUUAACGUCCUCAUCAAAGUAGUGGGAGCACUUGUAUGAAUUAUACAUUUCAAUUAAAAAAAGGGAAUCUA